UUAAACAAACCUGAAAGAUUUGUGAACCGGAAGUACAUCUGCCAACCGGAAGUAGUCAGUCCCAGCACGCUUCCAACAUGGCGGUGAAUCUCACAGACCUGUCUCUGCCGCAGUUAGAAGGACUGAAGAGCCAGCUGGACCAGGAAGUGGAAUUCUUGACUUCUUCAAUCGGUCAGUUCAAAGUGGUGCAGACCAAAUAUGUUGAAGCAAAAGACAGUUUAAACGUACUGAACCAGAAUAACAAAGGAAAAGAAUUAUUGGUUCCUCUCACCAGUUCUAUGUACGUCCCCGGAACACUGAACGACGUGGAGCACGUGUUGGUGGACGUGGGAACGGGAUAUUAUGUGGAGAAGAAUGUGGAGGACUCGAAGGAAUUCUUCAAGCGCAAAAUCGACUUCCUCACGAAGCAGAUCGAGAAGAUUCAGCCAACUCUCCAGGAGAAACACGCCAUGAAACAAGCCAGCAAGGCCUGAACGCACCAACGCUUUCUGAAUGUCCCACAGGAACGCCUGCCAACACUGUUGUGAUGCUUUCCUCCCUUUGAUUAUUAAAGUGCUUACUAGACCUUAAA